AUGCAGAAGUCGCAAAGUUUGCCACGGAUACCAGGUGCGAAGCGUCAGCACUUCCCCAAGAUCCGAGUGGUGGCACUGAACGAUGCCAAGCACAUCGCCUUGCGAGAGCAGAGGCUGGGCAUUCAGCUCACCGAGAAGCCACGGAAGAAGACGCCCGAGGAGGUCCUGGCGGAAAUCGACGAGAUGUUCCUGAAGCAAACCUUGGCAAGCCAGGACGUGUUUCUUCAAGAGAAAAAAAUCAGCUUGGACCAACAUUUUUCGACUGCGCUGGAAGCCGCCAGGCGCACUGCGGAAACCGCCUCCAUGCUCCAGAACGAUGUCCCAGAGCCCAAGCCGCCGGAGCCUGAGCUGCCGGCCGUGGAGCUCUUCCAGACCUUGGACGACCUUUCUGGCAUCGAUUCUCCAAGCAGGAGCUCCAAGGCAACGGAAGGCUUGGAGCUUUGUGCGGAGCAACUGUCCACCCUCAUCGAAAAGGUGGCGCACACCGAUGGAGUUUUGCAGAGGGACAUCGAGUCCAGUGAGGUGUUGAUCAGUGAGGUGGAAGAGACCCCGCAAGAAGUGGUUGCCAAGAAUCCAGGUCCUGCUCUACUAGCAGCGCGGGAGGCACCAAAGCUCUUCAAAGAGAUCGACUCGCGUAUCCCGCGCUCCAAGCUCAAGGCCUAUGAUGUGCUCCUACGUGCUGGGGCCGUAGAGGUCCACAGAUACGUGGAGGACAAUAUGAACAGCGCGCUGGCUCGGAGGGAUGAAGGUGUCCAAUGGGUCUCCAAGGUCCUGACCCGCAAGGACCGGAACCCCGCGGGCCACUCCAUGUGGUGCAAGCGAGCGCUUCAGAAAGUGGAGAGCGAACGUGAGGAUCGCCGGAUCCAAUUUGGUUUGGGGUUGGGAUAUGCCCUGCUGCGAAUGCUGCGAGGGCAAAAGGUGCGCUGCGAGGUCGUAGGUGAGGGAGAAGCACCUGUCAAGGGGCAAAGCGUGAAAGUGCACUACACCGGCAAGCUAGAGAAUGGCAAGGUUUUCGAUUCCUCAGUGUCAAGAGGCGAUCCAUUGGAGUUUGCCGUGGGCACUGGACAAGUGAUCGCUGGAUGGGACGAGGGCAUUCUAACGAUGCGCGUGGGCGGCAAACGGCAGCUCAAGAUCCCCUCAAAGCUGGGCUACGGAGCCCGGGGAGUAGGGCCAAUCCCUCCGAAUGCCACCCUGCUCUUCGAUUGCGAGCUGGAGACUUACUGGCCGAUGACCGCCGCCAUUUCCAGCUUUGAGACGACCCUGGAGCUGCACCCUGGCUGCAAAGUACGGCUGAAGGCGCUCCAUGUGCAACGCAACGGCCAGCUGGGUGUGGUCGAGGACUACGUGCCGCAGCGGCAGCGCUGGCGCGUCAGGCUGCUGAGCAGCGGAAAAUCCCAUGACUUCAAGGCUGAGAACCUGCAAUUGGAAGAAGCCGCGGAUCGUCCACCCCCAGCAGAUUGGGUUGGACCGAAGCAGCUGGAAACUGCAGCCCCAGUGCAGGCCGCCUUCAAGGAUGAGGAAGUGAAGCCAGAGGUGGCAAAACCGCCACCCAAGGUGUUGAAAGUCGGAUCUCUGGUGAUUCUUCAUGGCUUGAAAUCUGCGCCUGAGUUGAAUGAGCAGAAAGGAGAGAUCGAAGCUUGGGACAUCUUGGGACAUUGGGACGGGCUUCUGGACGAAUCCUUCGUUCCAGACUCCUCUCGCUGGCGUGUGAAAGUCAGCGGCGCCAUGAAGGACCUGAAGGCCGAGAAUUUGCGACUGCUGGACCUCGAGGAAUCACAGGUCCUUUCGGAACUGGACGCCUUCGAGGCAGACCUGGACCACUUCAGCGUAUCUCCUGGGGACCUUUGUGGCCCCUCCAACCGCUUCGUCAUCGAAGAGGCCCUUGGGGAAGGCACCUUUUCCACGGUCUUCCGCUGCCGCGACGCCGACCAUUCCCCGUCGAACGAGUCGCCGGCGCCGCGCUACGCGGUGAAGUUCACCCGGUCCAAUGAGACGACGAGACGGGCACUGGAACGAGAGGUGAAGAUCAUGAGCCAGUUGAUCACCAAAGUGGCGCCACAGGAUCCGGAAGGCAUGCGCUGCAUCCUUUGCUUGGCCUUCUUCGAAACCUUCCUCCAUCAGGGCCGUUUGGCUGCGACCUUCGAGCUGAUGAAAUGCAACCUCCGCACGGCGCUGGCGAAGUAUGGGGCUGGCAAAGGUCUACCACUACUGCCCACCGUGCGCGACUUCGCACGGCAACUGCUGUUGGCCCUGCGUCUGCUCCGUCGAGCCCAGUUGAUCCACUGCGAUGUGAAACCGGAAAAUCUGCUGCUGGCGCCAGACAACGCUUCGAUCAAACUUUGCGACUUUGGCAGUUGCCAUGGCCCAGCGGAUCGGUUGCUAUCAGAUCAGCUGAUGCCCCGAAACUACCGCGCACCCGAGAUCAUCCUGGGCCAGGAGUACGGCUUCGCAGUGGACAUGUGGAGUGCGGCUGCGACCAUCUUUGAGCUGGCGACCGAUCAAGUUCUUUUUAAGGGGGAGACCAACAACGAGAUGCUAUUGGAGAUGAUGAAGGUCUGUGGUCCCUUUCCGUUGGCGUUGGUGCUGACGGGCCAAUUUUCGCUGAAGCAUUUUGGAGCCAAUGGUGAUUUUCUGAAUGCGAAAGGCGGCGGUUGCCGGGUGCGUCCCUUGGAGUCCUUCGACCCGCCUCCCAGACCCCUGCAGUUUUUGUUGGAGGAGUCCUUGCGGGAACCUCCCAAGGGAGUGACGGAAAGUCGACACAAAGGUAUGGUGCAGAAUCUGUGGGACUUUUUAUGCCGAGGUCUCCAAGCCAAUGCCUCGCAGCGGCCAACGCCAGAGGUGGCCCUGACUCACAAGGUCUUCCAGAAGGGCGGCUGA